GACGUGGAUGACAAGUUGCUGACCGAGCCUCUCAGCCACCCUGAUUUUUUCAACGUGAAGGAGCUCUUCUCCCUGAAAGAUCUCUUUGAUGCUCGGGUGCACCUGGGGCACAAAAAGGGGUGUCGGCAUAGGUGAGUGACCCUGUUCUGCCACCCAGCCUGGAUCAGGACAUCAUCGACUUGGAGCAGACGAUGCAGCACCUCCAGCUGGCCCUCAACUUCACCGCGCACGUCGCCUACCGCAAGGGCAUCAUCCUCUUCGUCAGCCGCAGGCGGCAGUUCUGCCACCUGGUGGAGAGCACGGCGCGGCAGUGCGGGGAGUACGCGCACACCCGCUACUGGCAGGGCGGCCUCCUCACCAACGCACACAUCCAGUUCGGGCCCGGCGUCCGCCUGCCCGACCUCCUCAUCUUCCUCAGCAGCCUCAACAACGUCUUCGAGCCCCACGUGGCCAUCCGGGACGCCGCCAAGAUGAACAUCCCCACGGUGGGGGUGGUGGACACGAACUGCAACCCCUGUUUGAUCAGCUACCCCAUCCCCGGCAACGACGACAGCCCCGCCGCCAUGGAGCUCUACUGCAGGCUCUUCAAGAUGACCAUCAUCCGUGCCAAGGACAAGAGGAAGCAGAGCGAGGUCUUCAGCCAGCUGCAGAGCAAAGCAGAGGGUGCUUAG